AUGGAGGCCCCCUCAGCCCCUCUGCGCACUGGGUGCAUCCCAUGGCAAAGGCUCCUGGUCACAGCUUCACUUCUGACCUUCUGGAACUCACCCACCACAGCACAAAUCACUAUUGAACCUGUGCCUCCCAAUGCUAUUGAAGGGGAGAACGUUCUUCUACAUGUCCAUAAUGUGCCCUGGAAUAUUCAAAGCUAUAUCUGGUACAAAGGGGGUCAGGCUUUGGAUAACCACCAGAUUGCAGUGUAUGUGAUAGACCCUUACUCACUUGCCCCAGGGCCUAAAUACACCGGCAGAGAGACAGUAUACCCCAAUGGAUCCCUGCUGUUCCAGAAAGCCUCUGAGGGGGACACAGGAUUCUACCUCCUGCAGACCUUAACUAGAGACCUUCGGGUUCAGGAAACAUCUGUGCAGCUGCAUGUAUACAACCAUCCUUUGUUACCCAAGCCUAAUAUCACAAGCAACAGCUCCAAUCCCAUGGAGGAUGAGGACUCUGUAGCAUUAACCUGUGAACCUGGGACUCAAAACACGACCUACCUGCAGAUAAAUGGUCAGAGUCUCUCAGAUGGUGACAGGCUGGAGCUGUCCGAGGGCAGCAAGAAUCCCACUUUAUUCAGUGUCAUGAGGAAUGAAACAGGACCCUAUGAAUGCGGAACCUGGAACACAGUGAGUGCCAACCACAGUGACCCAGUCACCCUGAAUGUUACCUAUGACGACCCAGGUGUCCUCAUCACACCCCUUUCAACUCAGUUCCACUCAGGGACAAACAUCAACCUCUCCUGCCACAUCCCCUCUAACCCACCUGUACAGUGUUCUUGGCUUAUCAAUGGGAAGCCCCAGGCAUCCUCGCAAGAGUUCUUUAUCACCAACAUCACUACUAAUAGUGGAUCCUAUACCUGCCUCAUCUGUAACUCUUCCACUGACCUCAACAGGUCCGCAGUCAAGAAAAUUACAGUCCUUGCCCCCACAAAGCCAGUGACAAAACCCUCCAUACAAGCCACCAACACCACAGUCACCAAACAGGAUUCCACGAACCUGACCUGCCUCUCAGAUGACACUACAGCCCCUGUCCGGUGGAUCUUCAAUGUCCAGAGUCUGAGGCUCACAGAGAGGAUGAAGCUGUCCCAGAUCAAUAGAAGGCUCAUCAUAGACCCCAUCAUGAAGGAAGAUGCUGGGGACUAUCAGUGUGAGGUUGCCAACCUGGUCUCUCCCAGCAAGAGUGAUGCCUUCAGGCUGGCUGUGAUCUGUGAGUGA